AUGAUCUUCGUCGCCCCUCAACUGCAGGAAAAGUGUCAGGAUAUGCCGACCCACUUCUACUCUACCCUCGGGGAUCUGACCAAAGAUUUCGACAUGGUGAACCGUGACGGACGUUGGAAAAUUAAGCAGAAACUCGUCUGUCCGGAGCGAUUCUCUCAGAUGGUGUAUCACCUCCAAGAUGGCAUGAUGGCGCCAGUCACGGACAAUGGACAUGUGUCACAGGAAUUCACUGUGACCAACAGUGUGAAUCAGGGCUGCGUUCUCGCACCUACUCUCUUCAGUCUCAUGUUCUCUGCCAUGCUGAUGGACGCCUACAGUGACGAACGCACUGGGAUCCGUAUCGCCUACAGGACGAACGGCCACCUACUCAGUCCUAGGCUGAUGUACUUUCAAUCGCGUAUUUCUCUUCGCCGACGACUGCGCUCUCAACGCCACCUCGGAAGUUGUCAUGCAGAUCAGCAUGGACAGGGAGGGGGUUUAUUAUAGGUCUGACGUUACUUCGUCUACCCCACCUUCAGAGACUGGGAAGCGAUUUGCACAGCUCUCCUUUUAUGGGGCACUUUGUUUGAUGCGUGGUCUGGCAAUGCCGCCUGUGUGACUGCAGUUGACCCGCAUGUCACCGUGACCUAAAUCGUCCCCGCCCUCGUCGGCCGCGAAGAUGGUUUCCGCGCGAGGCUUCUCACUAGCCUCGCGAGAGUUCGAAGCCAAUCAACACUGCCUAUUCCCUGAUUGGCUGGUGGAUGCUAACUGGGACAGAGCGAAAGGGGCACACACGCCCUGUGAGGGCGGCGCGGGGGUAACAACCUCAACGGCGGACACCGACACAAUCAACUUGCCCGGACUGACAGCUCACGGCGACUGCUUGCAGGGCCUUCAGUACGCACCUCCUCAGCAGUAAAGAUUGUCCAACCCAAUUCGUCUUCCCUGACUUCUGAUUAGGGAACAUUUGUCCUGUCGACCAUACCAUUGUGAACUUUCGAGUCAGCCUCCAAUCGCACCAGUGGUGACCUCCGACGUCCACCCUUCUAGCAUUUACCUUCUGACCUUCUCUGUGUUCUAUAUCCUAUCUCUGAUUGUGCCCCUAACGAUGGGAUACACAGAUGCAGCUAUUUCUCUCCAUAGAGUCACUGUGUCCCUUCUAGAAUUUUGACAGCAAGCUUCAGAACUCUAAUUUUUUCUGUAUCAGGGCCACCUUUUACUGUGCGAAGACAACUCAGUCUAACUGAGGCUCUUCCCCCAACCCACCAUGCUCUCCGAAGUUUAAACUUUCUUAUGCGACCCUCCCACUGAUGCUCUUUACACCGAGCUUCUUCGACUCACUCCACUUUCUGAUCGUCAACGCUACCAUGCUCUUGUAAAAGAAGAAGAAGAAGACGAAGUAGAAGAAGAAGAAGAAGAAAAAGGUUUGGGCGACCGCAAGCCCUUUUGAACUUCUCCGCCUCAAAGCCCAUAAAGACUUGCCUAAUGAGCUGCAAUAUAGACAUGGCCGACUUGACCGCCUUCGCGCAGUUCAGUAUUGGCUAGAAUGAGGAUGUAAUCCACACACCCACGUAUUCCUGACUGUCAAGCUGCUGCAAUGGUGUACCGUUUAGAAAGUAGUUCCUGGGCUUGGAGUCUCUGCAGAUGCCGUCUUAAACAAAGUUGUACUUACUUACGUUGGAGGGCAUAGGCCAGCGCACACAAUAAGUUCGUUCUGUCUAAUGUCAGAAGUGAAGAGGUAGUGAGAACUGGCUUAUUCUGUACACAGGGCGUAUUGCCGCGAGUUGGCUGUUUGCUUGUGGUCAGAGGAAAGCGUCCGCUCGGGUGAGCGGAAGUCGUGAUGUGAGGUUUAUUGCGCUGGCGUCAGCACAGCAUGAGGGAAUGUGUAGGUGAGUGCAGGACAUGUGAUUGGACGGAGUCGGGGGUGCAUGCUCAGAAGGGCGCGCAGGGGUAAAAAGCGGGGAGGUUGGAAACGAGUGUGGCGGUGAGAGACUGCGUGCGCACACGGGAUCCGUUGAAGGCGAGCAAGAGGCGGCCCAGAACAGGCCAGAGGGAUGGCCGUGCGUCAGCGGAGUGCCUGUUGUCGCGGUCAUCGGCUGACAGCGAGGCGCCGCAAAGGAGGGGAGGGGGAAGGGGGCGUUGAAGCGGAUGCCACAGGAGUAUGACAAAACACGGAGUCCUCUGACGGUCGGGCAUGUGUACUUUGAUAUUACAUCCAAAUUUAAACAAUGCUACAGGUCGAGGUCUCCUGUCAUUCGGAAAAAAAUUUCACAUAUAUCCGCAUUUGUACUGUACCAGAUAGUGGAUAGAUAUUUGUGCUGGCAUUUUGCAAUCUCCUAUCGGAAUCAUUGAAGAAAGUGCAUGUUUAAGCCCAAUCGAAUUGGUGGAAGCCGAGGACUGCUCGUCUGUGGCCGACUACUGCGGCAUUUCGUCAGCAGUUUCAGCAACUACGCAUCUCCUCCCUCCUUCCCAAUUGGCCUCAGGGAUCACCACAUAGAUCACAGGUUUGGCGCCUACGAGGAGGUCCUUUCCACCGGGAUCCGCUAUCUGCUCCAGGCGCCUAGGAGCCAACAAUAUUCUCAUAUUUCCCGCUUCCCCCGCCCCUUGUCUCUGUCAUCACUGAUUACGACGUCUUAACAUAAAGGCUUUUCUUCCAUGGGGUUUGGUGUUGUGUGUUUUUACGAACUGGACGUGCCGCCACACCCGAAAUGUUGGCAUGUGUUAUGGGUGAGCAUCUUAAAUGAGGCCUGUCAGACUCCGAUCUAGUUUCCGGUGUUUAUGCAGCGCAUCCAUUGCGUGGUUUGUUUCAGGGGCAAAUGUCGCGGAGAUAACGCUGCACGACGGUGCCGUGUGAGCGAUAGCGCAUCAUCCCCCCAGGCCAUGAGCACAUGUGCGCAAACUAUGCACGGCAGAAAUGCCAGCGAGCGGCCCGCCCCUCCCCCAGUCCACUGGCUGACAAGGUAUGUCUGUCCACCCUCCCUCCUUUAGGUUUACUGCGAUAGGCUUUGAUCCACCGGGCUGCGGUUUCGGCACUUCCCCCGCCUGCGACUGCAGUGAUCCGGAGGUCCUGCAGCAAGAUGCCCGAGUUGGCGUGAAUUUGAUGCAUCAACUGGGUCAUCUGCCCUUCUUCUGCGUCGGUUGA